UCUCUCGGCCUCGCUCAUUUAUAGAAACAACAAUAUUUUGGUAAACAUACAACCAUCUUUUUCGCAUGAACUGAAAACAAGACACCUGAUAAAAAUUCAACGAACAGAAUGAAUAGGACGAUAACGAACGGCGAACAGAACAAAAAGCAAUAAGGAAAAAUAAUAAUCUGUCAAAUCGAACAAAAGAAUGAGAUAAGCUUAUUAACGAUAUGAGUUUGAGAGAGUGAGAAGAUAUUUAUUUGGUAAAAAAGUUCUAUUCAUGUUUGGCUGCUUUCACUUUAUCAUCGGGUUGACGGGUUGCUCUUCUGUACUUUUGUAAUAGAAAGACAAAAAUAAUAAUAAAAUCUUAUACAAAAAGUUUAGAUUAUUUUAUAUAUUUAUUUUUGUUUGUACAUCUAUUUAUGAUUUUGACAUUCUUAAAAGAAAAAAAAAUGACUCCGAAACAAAAUAUAUAAAAAGAAAAAAAACUCAGAAGAAUAUACAUAUGUACGAAGUACGAUAGUGUUACUGUCAAGAAAAAUUUAGAUUUCAAGAAUAUUAUUUGUCGAUUAAAUUUUAAUUAACCAAACAAGUCCAGGGGCACUUUAAUCAAAUAUCAAACAACAAUUAAUUGACUUUCGAAAUCGUCGAUCCGAGACAAAGGGUCUCACCCGUAGUUUCAAAAAAUCUUGUAAGAAAAAGUUAGUGGGAACUUCAAACUGCGACGAAGUUUAUUAAAUUUAGUUGGUUAGUGUUUGGGUUUUAUUUGUGGAGUAAAUCUCAUGUGUUUAAGUCGUAGUGCUGGAGGAAAUUGUGGAACGGAUUAAGCGUAUCAUGGACAGCAGCAGUUCGGUGGCCCAUCAUCAUCGUAACAGACAGCAGCAGUCUCAUGAUCCGCCUCCACCAUCCUCGUAUAUUUUGCUCGAUGGAAUUGUGGUUGGAAAUCAUAUUGGCAAUAGAGUAAUUGUCAGUAACAGUGGGUCCACAUCCACACAUUCAGGCGGGCAGCCUCCUCCAGGUUUGUCGGGUUGUGGUGGAUCCCAAAACACAAAGAAAUCAUGGUCUGAAUUAACUGCUGUGGUCAAUGACCAGCGUAAACAGGUUGCCAAUUUAUCGAGUAUGGUUCCAAUGGAUGUUAACUUUAGAACAUUAUCGGAUGGCAGAAUUCGUAUAUAUUUCUUGAGUACGCCACCCAAUGCAUGGGAAACUACUCUCCUAUCGACGGAUGUUCAUUUCAAUGAACCGAGUUCACCUUCAAAAAGGCUUAAUUGGAACCUUGUGCUGGAACAGUCAAUAUCUUCUGUUGCUGGCAGCAAUGUUUGCUCCAGAGAAUUUCAACUGUUGCAAGAACGAAAGAGAUUGUCAACUUGGGGUAUUACAUCCUAUGAACUACACAAACCCAGCGGGAAAAUUGUCUUUCCAGUUUUGAGUGAUUUGUUUCAAUGUUUAGAUACGGGUUAUAAUCCUGCUCCAUUAUUUCCAACACAACUGCGAACGUGUCCUGCUUGGGCAGCUCUAGAUCCACAGAUAUGUCCACAAAACUCAGAUUUAAUAGCUUACAUAAGUGGUGGUGAUAUCUGGGUAACACACACAUUAAGUGGCCACGAAGAGCGCUUAACCUUCGCUCAUGAUGGCCGCCGAUCAUUUGCAGAUGAUCCUUUAAGUGCUGGAGUACCAUCGUAUGUUAUGCAAGAGGAAUUUAGUCGCUAUCAAGGCUACUGGUGGCAACCAAACUGUGAAGAUGGAAUUUAUCGAAUAGUUUACGAGGAGGUAGAUGAGUCAGAUGUUGGUUUGUUUACAUUUCCUUCAUCUCAAGCGGUUGUUGGUGAAUUAGAAGAAUACCGUUUCCCACGAGCUGGUACACCCAAUGCAAAGUCAAAAUUAAAAAUGGUUCAAUUUGUUCUGAACGAAUCCCUGCAAAUAAGCGAAAUAUGUUUGAAAAAUCUCCCAUACUCUUUGUCGGUGGUUAUGCCUUGGCUGGAGUAUAUCGUUCGAGUUGGAUGGACACCAGAUUCAAAAUACGUGUGGAUGCAAGCAAUGGAUCGAAAACAGCAAAGAUUAGAUCUCGUAUUAAUACCUUUGGAUAAUUUUUGUGAGACCUACAGUAGUACCGCUUCAUCGCCAUCUGGGUCAGCGGAUCAUAGUUGGAAAAGUACAUACAGUAGGACCAUAAGCCCACUUCAUGUUCUUUACUCCACACAAACAGACACCUGGAUAAAUGUACAUGAUCUGUUGUAUUUUCUUGAAAUAACCGAUACAACAGUUACAUUUUUAUGGGCAUCGGAAGAGACUGGCUUCAGGCAUCUAUAUUUAAUUACCUCGAGUUUAAGUGGAACACCAGCAGUAAAUGGCUGCAAGGACAACGCAAUGCAAAAUGAAAAUCUAGAGAGUCACAAUGCUUCAACUUUAGUUCCCAUUUUAAUAAAUAAAGUUGCUAUAACUUCUGGUGAUUGGGAAGUACUUGGACGAAACCUAUGGGUUGAUAAAGCACAGCAAUUAGUUUAUUUUCUUGGCUUAAGAGAAACACCAUUAGAAAAGCAUCUGUAUGUAGUUAGUCUUCAGAGACCCGAACAUGUUCGUUUACUUACAGAACCUGGUUAUUCGUAUCAAAUUGAAUUUGACGAGGAAUGCAAAUUAAUGAUGCAAGUUUAUUGUAAUAUUCAACGUCUUCCAUCGUGUAAAGUGGUGAAGGUAUCUCAAAGUUGUCAAAGUGGCGGUGUAAAUGGAAUCCAACUUAUACCAAUGGGCUAUUUGCAUGAGGGCGCCCAACCCGAAGCACAGUAUUGCCCACAAAUCUAUCGGCCUAAACUGCCAUCAGGUGAUGUUGUAUAUGCGAUGGUUUUUAAACCACACAAUUUUCAAUUAGGUGUAAAGUAUCCUACAGUUUUGAAUGUUUACGGUGGACCUGAGGUUCAAACUGUUAAUAAUACUUUUAAAGGAAUGAGACAACUACGAAUGCACAUGCUUGCAGCGCAGGGAUAUUGUGUUAUAUGCAUCGAUUCAAGAGGUUCCAGACAUCGUGGUAUCAAAUUUGAAAGUCAUAUACGUUGUCGCAUGGGAACUGUGGAAUUGAAAGACCAAGUUUAUGGACUUCGAAUUUUGGCCGAACAAUUAGGAUACAUUGAUAUGAAUCGUGUUGCUAUACAUGGUUGGUCAUAUGGUGGCUACCUUAGCUUAAUGGGACUAGCUCAAUUUCCAGAAAUUUUUAAAGUUGCUAUAGCUGGUGCCCCAGUAACUAAUUGGGAAUUCUAUGAUACUGGUUAUACGGAACGUUAUAUGGAUCUACCGCAGAACAACCAACAUGGUUAUACCAUGGGAUCGGUGCUGAAUUAUGUGCAUUCUUUUCCAGAUGAGGAUAACCGUUUGCUCAUCAUUCAUGGCUUAAUCGAUGAAAACGUACACUUUUACCACACGUCACAACUUAUAACCGCUCUCGUCAAAGCCAACAAACCCCAUCAAUUGCAAGUUUAUCCUAAUGAAAGACACUCAUUGAGAAAUCUCGAGUCAAGUAAGCAUUACGAAACAAAAUUAUUAUCUUUUUUGCAAAAUAAUUUAUGAAGUUCAUAAGUUAUCCCGUCAUUUAUAUGGACACAAAAUUCAAAAAAGGAAAGCUAAACAAAAAAAAAAAACAAAAAAUCGUGUUGCAAUAUUAAACAAUAGUCGUAUGUAAGAAAAUUUUAAAUAUAUAUAAAAAAUUAUACCAGAAAAAAAAGAUAUAAAACAUUUUAUUUUUUAAUGUAGAGUGUUAUUUGUUUUUGUCACUUUUAACUUUAAAUAAUUUGUUGUUUGACGCGCUACUAUACAGAAAAAAAUAUUGUUAUGCAAAAAAUUUGAAUAUACAUAAGAAAAAUCCCGA